AUGGCGACCAGCACGGUGGGGCGCCUGGCGGAGAAGUUCUACUAUGACUUCUCCCUCCACAAGCGGUUCCUCCCCAACAUGGCGUACAACAAAUACGUCGCCCUGCGCCACAACCUGCUGAUCACGGGCGGCUUCUUUUUCAUCCUGAGCGUGCCGUUCCCGUUCGUGCCGGCAUUCCCAACCAUGGGCCUGUGCCCCAAGGGCUGGGAGGGUAGCUUUGUGUGCGAGCCAGACAAGCACAAGGCCCUCGACAUGUACAAGGCAUACAGGGCCGGCAAGAAGUACGAGGAGCCGGCCGCCGCACCCGCGCACCACUAA